AUGCACAGUCCUAAUCGUUCCAAGAUCCAGGACUUGGUUAGGAUGACCGGUACGACUACUAUGGGGUUUGAAGAUGGCCUUCUUACCCUCUCAAAGGGUUUAAUUAAAGACUUGAAGAGUCAGAAAAAUGUAACAAUCAAGGCUUAUAGUCAGGUCACUUCUUUGGAACAUAAAAGUGGCCAAGUGUCGGUAACUUCAACGACUACGGUGAACGACGAAAAACGGGAACAAACGAGGCAAUAUGACCAAGUAAUCAGCACCAUUUUCUCCAAGCAUCUUGCCGGACUGGUCAAACCUAAAAAUAGUCUCCCCUCGCUGGAAGAUACUCACGCCGUAACCAUCAUGGUCGUCAACCUUUGGUUCCCGAAUCCAAAUCUACUCGAAGGUAAGCGUGGCUUCGGCUAUCUUGUACCAACCUCGACACCCGACAACGACGAGUGCGUGCUAGGCGUGCUUUUCGAUUCGGAAAUCGAGAUGCGCGGCGAGCGUCCGGGUACGAAGCUCACCGUCAUGAUGGGCGGCCACUACUGGGACGGCUGGACCAAUUACCCGACGGAGGAAGUGGCGCGCGUGAUGGCCCUGCAAGCCGUCCAGCGUCAUCUCGGCAUCCCCGUAGAUCAAGAGCCCAUCUCGUAUGCGCGCUUGUGUCGCGACUGUCUACCACAGCACUACGUCGGGCACCGCGAGCGCAUGAGCGCCGCGCACUACGAACUACUCUCCGCCUUCAAGGGCCAGCUCACUGUUGCCGGCCCCAGCUACACCAGCAUCGGGGUGAUGCCAGCCAUGCGCGCUGGUUUCGAAGCCGCUAUGCGCGUCGCUCGCGGCCGCGGCCCCCCCUGGUUCGAGCUUGAUCUCAGCACCGCUGAGUGGAGCCCCCGCCUCAGGGAGGCCGGACCAUUCGCCGGCGGCAUCCCGGACCACGUCGGCGCUACGGGGCUGGAAGGCUUCACCAAGCCGUAUUAUAAUACUCUGGUCCGCGUGAAGCAAUUUCCCGUCCCAGAAAAAUGA